AUGGUCGGGCAUUUCCAAUUUCCCCCCUGGGGUUCACCAUUCCUGGACGCAGGCCACACAAACACACCCUCCUCGUCCUGGCAUUCUGAACGUGGACUAAGCCCCCACAUGAGAGAGCUUGACCACACCGUGUACAACCCAACCGCAGACCAGCUCGCCGAAACACUUAAAGUGAUCAUGAUGACGAAUGGAACCCGUGAGCCUGUCCCAGCAGAGUACAAUUCGUGUAUCAUGCAGGUGCUCGAGGGUUAUAAUAUCAAUCUACUUGAACUCCAGACAAAGAUAAAGGAGCUUGGGGAGGCAAAGAAGGAGAAAGAGGAGACGGCCAUGGAGCUUUGGCACAAGACGCUGGAGUGGAAGGAAGAGGAGAGUAGGUAUAAAACCGAACUUAAGAAGUUGGAGGUUAUACUGGCUAAAACGCCACGGGGUAUGGAGCUGGUGGCUAUGGCGAGAUCGCAGAGUGUUCUACGCAGAAAUAGAAAGAAGGCCGAGGUCAAGAAAGCGGAAGACAAGGGACAAGCGGACAAACCGGACGGCGAGUAUGUUCCGAGACGUCUAAGACCAGGUGAGUGA